AUGAAUACGUCAUUUGCAAACGAUGCCCCUCAGAAACAGAUGACCCACGUGACAGCAGAUUGCACUACUCCAGGUUCUGUUGAUCAUUCUGACCAGCCUCAGUGCCACAUGAAUACGUCAUUUGCAAACGAUGCCCCUCAGAAACAGAUGACCCACGUGACAGCAGAUUGCACUACUCCAGGUUCUGUUGAUCAUUCUGACCAGCCUCAGUGCCACAUGAAUACGUCAUUUGCAAAUGAUGCCCCUCAGAAACAGAUGACCCACGUGACAGCAGAUUGCACUACUCCAGGUUCUGUUGAUCAUUCUGACCAGCCUCAGUGCCACAUGAAUACGUCAUUUGCAAACGAUGCCCCUCAGAAACAGAUGACACUUAUACCACAGAUUUUUUGA